CUUUGUUUUGUUACUUUUUGCUGCCGUCACUUUGCUGUCGUCCAUAUGCGUAGUUUCCUCUUAAUAAACCAGCGAUUUAUAUUAUCGGAACUAAAACAAAAACUAUAGUAGGAUGUCAAAUAUUGAUGCAUUGUACAAUUUAUAAGUAACAUAUUUGUUGAGCACCAGUCGCAACGGUCCUACCCACAUUGUAUGUGCCUCUGUAUAUUUUAAUGGAGCUUAUGGAUUCACAGGAGACACGAUGACACAGUGGUAGGGCAUUGUUCUUGUAACCGGUUACAAACCACGUCGAUGCGCUAGUGCCCUUUGGUAAGGCGUUAUCAACUACCCUCUCGGAGAGAACGUAAAGCUAGCGGUCGCAUGGUUGCUUACUUACAAGCAAACAAAUGAUUUCUAAGCAGCGAGGUAAAAUAAAGGAACAGACCAAACAAACAAAAUUUCUAAUAAAGACAUUACGAUGGAGAAUUCGACUGAGGAGGAAUGCUGCCAUGGUGUUUUCAUUUUUCUCAUUUUUUUGGAGUGCUUUAGUUUGCUCCUUUCAGUGGUACUUAAUGUUUUUCAUCUGAUUGUCCUUAUUCUGAAUACUUCUCUUUUCACGGGAAAUCUUCAUUUCUGCCUUCGAGUGUUAGCAGUCAUUGACAUCGCAGGAGGAUCUUUAUGUCACGGCAUAAACAUCAUAUAUUAUUUCAACAGAACGAUGAUAAAAACGUCCUUGGUCAAAUGUAAUGUAGCUGUAGGUUUUUGUAUAUUGUUGGUGCUUUUUUCACAACUGACACUUUUUGUAAUUACCAUUGACCGAUACAUCGCAGUGACACGCCCUCUCCAGUAUUAUAAUAUUCUUACUCGCAGACGAAUCAGAAUCUUCUUAUUGGCUGUUCUUAUGUUCGGAUUUUCAUUGAGUGUAGGACGCUCUGUGCAUGGUUUUGCUAUUGGCCACUGCGACUUCGAUGGAGACAAUCUAUUCAUGAGGAAAGGAACUAGAGCUUUGACGAUAUACAACAUUCUGCCACUUAUCCUUGUCAUGGUCACGACUAUUCUCAAUGCGCGUCUUUUAUUCAUUGCGCGUGCGCACAAGAGGAGAUGCCAGGUUACUCGCCAAUUAAACAUCGCACUUACAUCACGUGAUUCAGCUGAAGCCCAUGACACGGAACAAAACAUAUUCUCAGAGAGGUAUAAAAGUGCGAUAACAAUUUCUGCUGUGGUGGGAGCCAGCUAUCUGGUAUGGAUGCCCUAUCUUAUCAUAACAAUAGUUAUUCUUUCUACACAAUCGAACCUCUCUCCUGUUGGGAAGGUAACAACGUAUUGGUUGAUCUACACCACGUUUUGGUUGAAUCCUAUUGUGUUUGGUCUUGUGAACAGAAGUUACAAGAACGCUGCCAUACGCCUAACUCGUAAGAUGAGACACCGGUAUGAUUCUGUACCAUGAAUGAUAAUUAUUAACGCGAAAAGUCAAACGUGUUUCCUCUUUUUGUUAAAGUAUACUUCCAGUGACGGAUCCAAAGCCGGGAUAUCUUUGAAGUUGAUGCUGAAAUGAAGUUUAUUUGUUUCGAAUUUACAUACACAACAAUGCAAAUGUAUACAAGAUGUAGAGUAACAAAAUAUAAAGGGUAGAUAACUUAAAUGAGGUAUACUGUACUGUAAAUAGCAAGGUAUUUCAAGAGAAGUGUAAAUAUGACAAACAAUACCAACAAAGGGGAAAAUGGGAAGCUUAAAGCAAAGCUUGUAUAUAUAUCAUUCUCUUUUGAAGAGUAUUAUUACAAAAGUCUGAUUAUUUUGUCGGUUAAAGGCGAAACGGUAAAGGAGUAUCAAAGUUAAGAAGAACACACCUCCGAGCAAGGAAAGAACAGAAAAAAAAAAGAGAAGAGGAAGAAUAAGAAGAAUAUCACGAUUAGAAGUAGUAAGUUUUAAAAAAAAAAGAGAAAGGGAAGGUACAAUAAAUUGCAGAAAAGUGCACCUAGUUGUAAAAGGGAGGUAUCGUGGUAUAAAGUGGUUAAUAUCAAAAGGAUGCGGGUUUGAAUCUCAGCCCAAGAUAGUAAUCGAAAUUUGCCACUCUCUAUCCAGGUGUAAAUGGGUGCCUGGUAACUGCUGGGGAAAUAAAAAUUGCAGGCCCUAAAUAAUAACAGCAUCUAUAUGCAUGCAGGCUUACCAGGGUAAACGAAACUACUCUUAUUAAUAUAUUAUAAAAUGUUUUACCCAUUUAGAGAAUCAAGGAACAGUAACUUACUUUUGAUGAGAAUUCGAGAAGAAAAAAAAAUAUAAUGUUUAUCAUGAACCUUUGUAUGAUUGUAAUGAAUAUAUGAACUACGAAAUACAAAAGAAAUCAAAAAUAGUAUUUUUAGUAGAGAAGAUAAAAUUAUGUACCAUAUCAUGCCGCAAAAAACACCAGCUACGAUCUAAAUGUCAAAACAGUGAAAAGAAACCAUGAUAUCCGUAAUAUAGGCCACGUGCACGAUAUGACCUUUGUAUAAACUGAAACAAAUUUUUAGCCUUGAAAUGACCGUGUUAUCUUUCAAGUUUACGAUAUGUACUUGAAUAAUAAUGUUAAUGAAUGAUAGUAAUCAUCAUGGUAAUUACCAUGAAGUGCGACUACUCACAAGUAAUUAUAAACUGACUUGAUUAUUGGUAUACUCUUUGUAUAAUGUAAACAAAAUUAUAUUAAUAAACCAUUAAAACUAUAUCAAUUUAGAUGCAGGAUAUGUAUUCAACUGUAAUCAAUCGAUUGCUGAUAUAGUAUUCUCUUGUUAGUGCAUAGGAGUUUGACGAUCCCUUUUAAUUUAUUUCAAGAGUUUUUUUUUCUUCUGACUUACAGUACCUCUCUAUUUGCCGUAUCUGUAUCUUACUAAAUGUCAGCACAUUUAGGGUACUUUUGUCAUUACCCUUAAUAACACUGAGUGGGAGGGGGAGGGGCGUCGCUAGAGGGGGUGCGACAGCCCACCUAUAAUUGCGCUGCCGUCGAGAAAAAUGAGAAAAGGGGGAUGAAAAAAUGAGAGGGAAAGAAAAAGAAA